UAAGAAUAGUUGAUUGCUACUAACAAAAUGUCAGCCUCCUGAGUUAAAAAUGAAAUAUUUUACAUGUUGCUGUUUUAUCAUAUGCUUAUUUUUCGGCUCUCUCCUGUGUGAUGAUGAUAGCCACCUUGCUUCCAAAGCGAAAGCGGACCAAAUGGAAAAGAUGAGGUUUUCAUCGUCAAAAACAGGAAGAUGUGGCUAUAAUUUAAUGAAGCUGUGGACAGCUGAAGUAGCACAUUCACCGUUUGCCACUACCCCACUGAUAGCUGAUGUGAAUGCAGAUGGACACCUCGACAUUGUGGCUGCUCCGCUCAGUGAGACGCAGACGGUGCUUGAAGGGGAGACAGGAAAGACUAUCUUGGGAACUAAGUGGCCCACACAGAUGCUUCACACUUCCAUCCUUGCAUCUCCUCUACAGUAUGACAUAGAUGGUGACGGGAUGCUGGACAUUCUGAUCUCCACUUUCUCAGGAGAACUCAUAUUUUACACGGCAAAUGGCUCAGCUAUUCACAGAAAGUCCUUUCAGCUGCCUUCAGCGUAUGUUAAGCGGACAUGGUACACAGAUGUGGUGUCGGCAUCUGGCGACGAGAUCAGCAAUUUUGUGUCAUCCACAAAUAGGCCAGACCACAUCCCAGUAGAUGGCCAUAUUAUGGCUACACCGGUGAUUGCUGACCUGAACGGAGACCACAAGAUGAAUGAGCUUGUUAUUCCUGUAUCAUAUUUCUUUGACGAGGAAGACUAUAGGAUGCCUGAGCACUUUAUCAAACUGCCGGGGCUAAAGGAAGAAGACCUCGCAAGAUAUGUUGUGUCGGGGAUCGUGAUUGUCAACCUUGCUGACAUGACUGUAUCACACUCCAUCUUCCUAGAUCUCACAACAAAGCUGUCAGGUUUUCCAGGCUACGUGUUGUUUUCCCCAACAGUGAUCGACAUGGAUCGACAGGGCAGUUAUCUUGAGGUGGUGGUUGGAACUUCGGCAGGGAAUGUUCAUGUGAUUGACCUUGAGGGCGGAGUUAGGGACCGCAAGGGAUUUCCAUACAGCAUGGGAACUAUACAUGGUCAGGUAACUGUAGCUGAUAUUACCAAGGACGGCAAUCUGGAACUGAUAGCUGUUGACACGAGUGGUAACGUUGUCUGUCUAAAUUCGGAUGGCACGCUGUUUUGGGAGCUGAAGAUAUCAGGCGACAACUCCCCUGGAAGUCGUCUUAUUGACAUUGAUGGUGAUGGUUAUUCAGAGGUGAUCAUACCAACCAAUGAGGGAGAUAUAUAUGCCAUCAGCGGAGUUACGGGAAAAGUGCUGGACCAUUGGCCAAUCAGGAUUGGUCACCCAAUACUCUCCAACGUGAUCGCUACUCACGUGUCCAGGACACGCAAAACGCUUGAUCUGGUUUUCCUGUCUAAUGAUGGAGUGCUCCAUGUUAUCUCCACUGACCAAUCAUGCAGGGCACAUUUUCCUAUUGGUGAAACCUCAUUGGUCCAGAUAUUGUCACAUGACUUGGUCAGCCACUCAGAAGGCAUGGAAUUGCUGAUAUCAACCAGUGACGGCACAGUUAUCUGUAUGGGGAGCGGUGAAGAGACUAUUGAGAAUGUUUUUGCAGAUGAGUUCUACCAUAAAAUCCUGGCACUUGCCUGGCCAGCUGAAACCCCAACUCCCAAUGACUUUUUAUUUGCAGAAAAUAAGAUGGGUAUAUUUGUGAAAGAGGGAAGUCGAAAGCAAGGGGAGGUGACUGGUAGUCAGUUCUACAUCAUGUUUUACAUAACUGACGCCUCUUACAAGUCUGCAUCAGCAAAAGUGUCUGCAUACACACUAAGGGUAUACUUUGGAAGCACCCUACUACACCGUGCUGUAUACACAAGCCCCAGCUUGUACACAAUAUUUGUGAGCUCCUUUCCCCGCCCCAGUCACGGUCAUAUCACCCUUGUGUUGACCAAUAACAAUGGUCAGCUUGCUCAAGACACAUUCCCAAUCAGGUUCAACCAGAUUAUUCUAGAAGAUCUCCAAUGGCUACUGAUGUCCCCUUUUGUCGCCAUGGUAAUAAUUCUACUUGUCAACCAUGGGUUUCCUGCCAAAGACCUGUUUCCCCAAACUAUUGAUUCAAAGAACAGAUAGUAGAGGCAAAGGCCCUAUGUAUGUAGGGUAUUUUAGACACCAUAAAACAAAUGAGAUACUAAAAUGUGUUAAAGUGAAGAACAAAGGGUAUUAAAGCAGUCUGGCAGCGAUUAAGUUUUUAUAUAUUUAGCUCUCAGAAAGUGAUAAAGAGAUGGAGAAAUGACUACAAGUUUGUAUAUCUAGAUCACAAUCUGUGAUUAGUGUUUUUGACAUUGGGAAAAUAAGAUGUUGAGAUGUCCCCAAGGCACUUCUUGUAAUGUCUUUUAUCUGUGCAUGGUUGAUCAAAGAAUUUGAAAUGAGUCGUAUUUGGAAAAUAUGGAAGAUAUGGGUAUUGUUGAUUUUUUUACUCGGAAAAAAAGUCAACAAACCACAAGAUAUUACAAGAGCUGUUGUUUUCUUAGAAAUGAAUACAAUAAUGAUUUAAUAUGUGCCGGUCAAAAGCAAUUAAAAAAAGGUCAAACUAAAAAGUAAAUGUGAUGAAACCAGGUUUUCAAAAAUUGACAGAAGAACUUCAGCCUUUUAUGUGAGAUUCAGUUUCAACUGGGGGUUUCUAUUUUUAGUAACAGUGACCUUGACCUUGACCCUAGGGGCCCCAAAUGCAAUCCCAUAGAAGUCCUCCAUAAACUCUUCCUACAUACCAAGUUUGUCACAAUACAUGAGUGUCAACCUUUACAUAAGUUAUUAAAUACCAAACGGUUAUCUUUUUUAGUAACAGUGACCUUGACCCUAGGGGCCCCAAAGGCAAUGCUAUGAAAGGUCUUCAUAAACUCUUCCUAUAAACCAAGUUUGGUCAUAAUAUGUCAACCCUAACUAAAGUUAUUCAGUACCAACCGUUUUUCUAUUUUUAGUAACAGUGACCUUGACCUUGUCCAUGACUCAGGCCCCAAACAAAAUCCCAUGAAAGGACUCUAUAAACUCUUUCUAUAUACCAAGUUUGGUUGCAAUAUGUCAACACUAACAUAAGUUAUUCAGUACCAUUCAUUUUUUUAUUUUUAGUAACAUUGACCUUGACCCUAGGGGCCUCAAAAGCGAUCACAUGAAUGGUCACCAUGAACUGUUCCUAUAUACCAAGUUUGGUCACUAUAUGUCAAAAAAAAUUCAUACCAUGGGCGAGUUUGGUGCCGCCCACCCAUCAAACAAUGUCGUACAUACAUUCUAAAAACCUGGUUAAAAAUAUAAAAAUCCGCUGACAAAAGCAUUAAAAAAAGUUUAAAAAAAUGAAGUCAAUUGAGGGCCAUAAUUUGUUUGUAGGGUUAAUAAGAAGUUAUGUAACCUUAUUUCAUGAUGGCCGUAAAUAACUGUGAAGUAUUAAUUCAAUUAAAUGAAGGAUAUAGAAGUAAUUAGUGAAAAUCCCAACUUGCGCUAAAAAGUUUAACUGGACACAAUGUGCCCGUAAAAUUAAACCGAAGUUCAUAAGUCAAUCAGGGGCCAUUAUGGAGUUAUGUUACCCUAUUGUUUGAUGGUCCUGAACAACUGUGAAAGGUAUUAAGUGAAUUAAAUGAAGGGUAUUGGAUUUAUUAGUGAAAAUGCCAACUUCCCCUAAAAAGUAGAAAAACCUUGAUUUUUUAUUAGUCAAGCAAAAAAUCAGUGUUGUAAGUAAUUUAUAUAUUUGUAUUUGUUUAUGCCCCUGAAGGGCAGCAUAUAGUUAUCAGACUGUCCACCAGCCUGCCCAGGGACUUCAGGCAGGUUGGUCAUAACCAGCAGAUGACCCCUAUCGAUUAAAAGGUCAAGGUCAUCUUAAGCUAAAAAAAGGUUUAUGACAAAUAACUGACCAAUCCUUAGGCACAAAAAUUGUCAUACUCGGUAUGCAGGCUGGUAAUAACCAGCAGAUGACACCUAUUGAUUUUGACGGUGACUUUGUUUAAAAUUAAUAUAAAUUCACAAAAUUGUCAAGCUCCAUUGAAUGGUGUCAUGCAUGAUAUUUAUAUACUUAUUAUACCCCCACAAACAAAGUUUGAGGGGGUAUAUAGGAGUGAGCUUGUCGGUCGGUCGGUCGGUCGGUCGGUUGGUCGGUCGGUCUGUCGGUUUCAUGGUUUCCGGACGAUAACUCAUGAAAGGCUAGACAGAUCUGAAAAAAAUUUGGUACACAGUUGUAACAUCAGAAGAUACAGGUCAAGUUCGAUAUUGGGGCUGGUGGGGCCAAGGUCAAAGUCACUGUUACUAAAAAUAGAAAAAAAACGGUUUCCGGACGAUAACUCAUGAAAGGCUUGAAAGAUUUGAAAAAAAUUUGGUACACAGGUGUAACAUCAGAAGAUACAGGUCAAGUUUGAUAUUGGGGCUGGUGGGGUCAAGGUCACUGUUACUAAAAAAAGAAAAACGGUUUCCGGACGAUAACUCAUGAAAGGCUAGACGGAUUUGAACAAUUUUUGGUACACAGGUGUAACAUCAGAAGAUACAGAUCAAGUUAGUGAGCUUGUCGGUCGGUCGGUCUGUCGGUCGGUCGGUUUUCAUGGUUUUCAGACGAUAACUCAUGAAAGGCUAGACAGAUUAAAAAAAAAAUUUGGUACACAGGUGUAACAUCAGAAGAUACAGGUCAAGUUUGAUAUUGGGGCUGGUGGGACCAUGGUCAAGUUCACUGUUACUAAAAAUAGAAAAACGGUUUCCAGACGAUAACUCAUGAAAGGCUUGACAGAUUUAAAAAAAUUUGGUACACAGGUGUAACAUCAGAAGAUACAGGUCAAGUUCGAUAUUGGGGCUGGUGGGGUCAAGGUCACUGUUACUAAAAAAAGAAAAACGGUUUCCGGACGAUAACUCAUGAAAGGCUAAACGGAUUUGAACGUCUGUCGGUCGGUCGGUCUGUCGGUUUUCAUGGUUUCCGGACGAUAACUCAUGAAAGGCUAGACAGAUUUGAAAAAUUUUUGGUACACAGGUGUAACAUCAGAAGAUACAGGUCAAGUUCAAUAUUGGGGCUGGUGGGGCCAAGGUCAAGGUCACUGUUACUAAAAAUAGAAAAACGGUUUCCGGACGAUAACUCAUGAAAGGCUUGACAGAUUUGAAAAAUUUUGGUACACAGGUGUAACAUCAGAAGAUACAGGUCAAGUUCGAUAUUGGGGCUGGUGGGGCCAAGGUCAAGGUCACUGUUACUAAAAAAAGAAAAACGGUUUCCGGACGAUAACUCAUGAAAGGCUAAACGGAUUUGAACAAUUUUUGGUACACAGGUGUAACAUCAGAAGAUACAGAUCAAGUUAGUGAGCUUGUCGGACGGUCGGUCGGUCGGUCGGUCAGUCUGUCGGUCGGUCGGUUUUCAUGGUUUCCAGACGAUAACUCAUAAAAGGCUAGACAGAUUUAUAAAAAAUUUGGUACACAGGUGUAACAUCAGAAGAUACAGGUCAAGUUUGAUAUUGGGGCUGGUGGGGCCAAGGUCAAAGUUACUGUUACUAAAAAUAGAAAAAUGGUUUCCGGACGAUAACUCAUAAAAGGCUUGACAGAUUUGAAAAAUUUAUGGUAUACAGGUGUAACAUCAGAAGAUACAGGUCAAGUUCGAUAUUUGGGCUGGUGGGGCCAAGGUCAAGGUCACUGUUACUAAAUAAAGAAAAACGGAUUUCGGACGAUAAUUCAUGAAAGGCUAGACGGAUUUGAACAAUUUUUGGUACACAGGUGUAACAUCAGAAGAUACAGAUCAAGUUUGUGAGCUUGUCGGUCGGUCGGUCGGACGGUUUUCAUGGUUUCCAGACGAUAACUCAUGAAAGGCUAGACAGAUUUAAAAAAAAAUUGGUACACAGGUGUAACAUCAGAAGAUACAGGUCAAGUUUGAUAUUGGGGCUGGUGGGGCCAUGGUCAAGGUCACUGUUACUAAAAAUAGAAAAACGGUUUCCGGACGAUAACUCAUGAAAGGCUUGACAGAUUUGAAAAUAUUUUGGUACUCAGGUGUAACAUCAGAAGAUACAGGUCAAGUUCAAUAUUGGGGCUGGUGGGGCCAAGGUCAAGGUCACUGUUACUAAAAAUAGAAAAACGGUUUCCGGACGAUAACUCAUGAAAGGCUUGACAGAUUUGAAAAAAUUUUGGUACACAGGUGUAACAUCAGAAGAUACAGGUCAAGUUCGAUAUUGUGGCUGGUGGGGCCAAGGUCAAGGUCACUGUUACUAAAAAAACAAAAACGGUUUCCGGACGAUAACUCAUGAAAGGCUAAACGGAUUUGAACAAUUUUUGGUACACAGGUGUAACAUCAGAAGAUACAGAUCAAGUUAGUGAGCUUGUCAGUCGGUCGGUCGGUCCGUCAGUCUGUCGGUCGGUUGGUUUUCAUGGUUUCCAGACGAUAACUCAUAAAAGGCUAGACAGAUUUAUAAAAAAUUUGGUACACAGGUGUAACAUCAGAAGAUACAGGUCAAGUUUGAUAUUGGGGCUGGUGGGGCCAAGGUCAAGGUUACUGUUACUGACAAUAGAAAAAUGGUUUCCGGACGAUAACUCAUGAAAGGCUUGACAGAUUUGAAAAAUUUAUGGUACACAGGUGUAACAUCAGAAGAUACAGGUCAAGUUCGAUAUUUGGGCUGGUGGGGCCAAGGUCAAGGUCACUGUUACUAAAAAAAGAAAAACGGUUUCCGUACGAUAAUUCAUGAAAGGCUAGACGGAUUUGAACAAUUUUUGGUACACAGGUGUAACAUCAGAAGAUACAGAUCAAGUUUGUGAGCUUGUCGGUCGGUCGGUCUGUCGGUCGGACGGUUUUCAUGGUUUCCAGACGAUAACUCAUGAAAGGCUAGACAGAUUUAAAAAAAAAUUGGUACACAGGUGUAACAUCAGAAGAUACAGGUCAAGUUUGAUAUUGGGGCUGGUGGGGCCAAGGUCAAGGUUACUGUUACUAAAAGUAGAAAAAUGGUUUCCGGACGAUAACUCAUAAAAGGCUUGACAGAUUUGAAAAAUUUAUGGUACACAGGUGUAACAUCAGAAGAUACAGGUCAAGUUCGAUAUUUGGGCUGGUGGGGCCAAGGUCAAGGUCACUGUUACUAAAUAUAGAAAAACGGUUUUCGCACGAUAAUCUUGAAAGGCUAGACGGAUUUGAACAAUUUUUAGUACACAGGUGUAACAUCAGAAGAUACAGAUCAAGUUUGUGAGCUUGUCGGUCGGUCGGUCGGUCGGACGGUUUUCAUGGUUUCCAGACGAUAACUCGUGAAAGGCUAGACAGAUUUUAAAAAAAAUUGGUACACAGGUGUAACAUCAGAAGAUACAGGUCAAGUUCGAUAUUGGGGCCAUGGUCAAGGUCACUGUUACUAAAAAUAGAAAAACGGUUUCCGGACGAUAACUCAUGAAAGGCUUGACAGAUUUGAAAAAAUUUUGGUACACAGGUGUAACAUCAGAAGAUACAGGUCAAGUUCAAUAUUGGGGCUGGUGGGGCCAAGGUCAAGGUCACUGUUACUAAAAAUAGAAAAAACGGUUUCCGGACGAUAACUCAUGAAAGGCUUGACAGAUUUGAAAAUAUUUUGGUACACUGGUGUAACAUCAGAAGGUACAGGUCAAGAUCGAUAUUGGGGCUGGUGGGGCCAAGGUCAAGGUCACUGUUACUAAAAAAAGAAAAACGGUUUCCGGACGAUAACUCAUGAAAGGCUAAACGGAUUUGAACAAUUUUUGGUACACAGGUGUAACAUCAGAAGAUACAGAUCAAGUUAGUGAGCUUGUCGGUUGGUCGGUCUGUCGGUCGGUCGGACGGUUUUCAUGGUUUCCGGACGAUAACUCCUGAAAGGCUAAACGGAUUUGAACAAUUUUUGGUACACAGGUGUAACAUCAGAAGAUACAGAUCAAGUUCGAUAUUGGGGCUGGUGGGGUCAAGGUCACUGUUACUUCAAAUAGAAAAAUGGUUUCCGGACGAUAACUCAUGAAAGGCUUGACAGAUUUGAACAUUUUUUGGUACACAGGUGUAACAUCAGAAGAUACAGGUCAAGUUCGAUAUUGGGGCUGGUGGGGCCAAGGUCAAAGUCACUGUUACUAAAAAUAGAAAAAUGGUUUCUGCUUCAUAACUUUAAUUGGGCAUGAGAUAUUGUGAUGAAACUUGCUGUAUAGGCAGCCUCUGUGAAGACAAUGCUUGUGAUUGAAAAUGGGGCCAAUGGAGUAAAGGUUUUUGUGCACUGUUACGAAAAUAGAAAAACGGUUUUGUCUUAUUCCAGAAGAGAUCAGCUAGAUCAUCAGCUAGUUUUUCUUGUCAGCAGUGUAACUUCUAAAUUACUCAACAGAUUUAAAUAAAACAAUACAUGCAUGAUAAAAGAAGAUGCAGUGUGCAGUAGCCUUGGAGUUAUGGCCUCUUUUCAAAGGAAUGGUCCUUUGGGGAUAUUCGUCAUUCCUGUGACAGCUCUAGUGUCAAUGGGCAAGGUCACAUUUUGUGGUCAAUGUUGAACAAAACUUAGUAUUUUAGCCAUGAUGUUUUAUGUGAUAGCGGGAUGCAAUCAAUCUCCACAGAUUUGUAUUGCACCUCUUAAAGGCAUUUGUCAAGCUAAAUGGAAUUUAAAUCAAACCGUUUAUUCAACAGAUAUGUUAUAUACUUGUACUAGUUGUAUACUUCGUUAAAAACAAGGCCCAUUCAGGAGCAUUUGUCAUCUUAUGUGACAGCUCAUGUUUUUAUCACUUUCAAUUUUCUAUCAUUUGUUUGUUUGCUCAAUAUGAUGUAAUUGUGUAUGUGCUGGUCAGGGUACCCUAGAAGUCUGUUUUGUUGGACAUUAUACUUUACUGCCCUUGACCAAAAACAAAACAUGUCAUCCAUAGAUAUCAAUGUCGGUCAGGGAUAGUGAAAAGACACCAUAGCUGGUCAAUACUGCCACCUAUAAUACUGUCACUGCUGGUCAUGCAAUGUGCAAAGAAUACUAAAAAAACUGCCAAAAUGAUAAAACAUUUCUUCUGAUGGACUUCAGGGAUGGCAUACAUACUAGUAUAUUACUCAUCUUAAUUGAAUUUUAAUGAUGUACUUUUUUUGUAGUUUUUUAUGUAGAUUGUAAUAUUAUUCUAUGCAAAUUCUAUGUUCUUAUAAUUGAUAUGUAUCUCAUAAUAUGAAACAUCUCGACCUCAUGUCAUUUAUUCAUGGAACAUUUUUUUCUUUAUCAAUAUUUGAAUCUUAAUAAACAUGACGACACUUUAAAUAUGAAACUAUUGACUGUAUUUUAUUCCCAUUUAACAUGUUAUCACUUAUAACCAUUUUUAUAACAAGACCAACAUUAAAUAUAAAACAUU